AUGCGUGUGACCCUCAUAUUGAAAGUCUUGUUACGUCACUUUGAUCACACCCAAGUGUGCAUGGUCAGCAUCACUUAUGCCAGCCCCCAAGUGGGCGUAAACAGCUUCACCUGGGCCAGCCCUCAAGAGAGCGUGGCCAGCAUUUUCCCCUACACUUCCUCCUUUUGUUUUUGUGUUCAUGGUCACUAUGCACUGCACCUGUGCACAGAAGCCAAAAAACAUUGCUGGUAUUUUGAAGGACUCUAUCCCACAUACUAUAUAUGCCGUUCCUAUGAAGACUGCUGUGGUUCCAGGUGCUGUGUGCGGGCCCUCUCCAUACAGAGGCUGUGGUAUUUUUGGUUCCUGUUGAUGAUGGGUGUGCUCUUCUGCUGCGGAGCUGGUUUCUUCAUCCGCCGGCGCAUGUAUCCACCACCACUCAUAGAGGAGCCGACAUUCAAUGUGUCCUACACCAGGCAGCCACCAAACCCUGCUCCAGGGGUCCAGCAGAUGGGGCCGCCAUAUUACACUGACCCUGGAGGACCUGGGAUGAAUCCUGUUGGCAACACCAUGGCAAUGGCUUUCCAGGUCCAACCCAGUUCACCCCACGGAGUCACAGCCUACCCACCCCCUCCUUCCUACUGCAACACGCCCCCGCCUCCCUAUGAACAGGUGGUGAAGGACAAGUAG